AUGAAACGUUGGCUGCAAUGGAGAUGGGGAGCGACAACAACAGCAGCAACUGUGCCAGUAACGCACGCGUAUCGCCACUACACACGUAGUGGUGUGACCAACAGGCCUCCGCGCAAGGGAAGCCACGGUGAUGUGAAGUAUCGUCUCCCCCUUAGGCGUGCGCUACACUUUAUCGAGGAAGGAUCUCGUAGAGCUGGACUCACCAUUGAAAAGGAAAGCGUGGGAUGUACAAAGGAGGAUGCAGAUGAGACGGCCGUCUCUGGCCAGGAGAACGCCGACGCGCUGCAGCAUGAUGCGGCGCGUUACGCUGCCUACCAUUGCCACCACAUGCUCACCUCCUUCCGUGCAGAGCGGCGACGGUGGACAGCGAGUAAUGAACUCCCCCCUGAUGAUCUGGUGAGGGUAAUGGAGUACACAUUUUUUGCGGCGAUUCUGCUGCACCUGACCGCGUUGUACGCCACCGCUGACCAGUAUUGUGAAUCACUUAUCGACGUCGCAGUCUCCUGCACUAUCUUUCUUUCAAAGGGCGCGUGUGAACUGCACAGCACCAAUCUUCGUCAACAUCGGGGCGAACAGAGCGUUGCAGUAUCACCAACCCCGCCACCAGCAGCAGGAGCAGCAGCAGUACCACCGCUAAGCACGAAGGGGAAUGCAUUAAGAGAUGGCCCAUGGGAUUCUCUCCACUGGGCAGUCGUGCACUUCAGUCUGGGUGUCUGCGGCUGGGGCCUACUCGAUCACACAGAGGCGCUGUUGGACAUGGAGCGCACCACAUCGCCAUCCUGCAGAAUGCUUCGGACAUUCUCGCAGAUUAUUCGUGAUCAGCUCAAAGGAGAGAUUCUGGCGCGAGAAGAUACACGCUAUUUGUCGUACAUUGCUACAAGGGAUGGAUCCUGUAACUGGUUGGGCGCCGUGCCCAGUAUUGUGUGCCUGCAGGGAGAUGGGCACGCGGGCGCCACGGACGAGAAUGGAGCGUUUCAUAUUUGUUUCGCUCAACAGCGCCGUCUGCAGCUGCUGCCUCUCAUGUGGCUAGCGCUACUACUUCGCCAUUGCGCGACACUGGCGGCAGCCGAUCGGCUCCGCCCUGUCCGACACGCGCUGCUGCGUGCCUUGCCGCUCUUUAGCAAGGAGGCAAGGGCGGAAUCGGCUGUGAAACUCCUUGUGCGGUGUUUGUACUUUCCACCGUUCUCUUCGCGGGCGAGUUCCGUAGAGAUGGGCGCUCUCCUUGCUCAGAUGGAGCAACACAACGUUUUCGGCGCCUCCUCCUCGUUGGCGCUUGCGGAGUUGCUACAGGCGUGGAUGCGUGCCGAUGCACCACAGGAGCCCGCGCCAGAGGUGAAAAGCACCCGCGGGGCGUAUGUGGCCUUUCGCAACAUACCGCGCUGCGCCCUACAUGUGCUGGGUCCAAGUUACACUGCCACUCAGGACGGUGAGGCGUUCGUGCAUGAGCUCCUGCUCCGUGCUGUGUUACAAUUGUCCUUCCGCCAGACCAACGCGGCGCCGUUUGCCGGAGAGCUGCGUGAGCUUCUCUUGUCCACACACCAUGUGGCGUUGCUGAUCGAGGACAUUGGGCUCCGUGAAGGGACCACGAGACGAGGGGGUGCUGCCACCCUCGCCGCUGAGGCCGCGCUUAGGGCGUUUGCUGUGCGUGUGGCCACUAUCUGUGCAACGGACUUCUUGUGGGAAGACGAUAUGCAGUCGUUGCUGGAAGAGUUCGACCGCGUUCUUACGCAUGCGUUGCGUAGGGUCGCUGAGUUGGGGGCUGUGGGUAGUCCGCCGGACGUGUACGAGCGGAACCGGCGCCGGUGGAUCCGCAACGCGUAA